AUGUCCCAUAUCCGUGACAUGCCCACUAGCUGGCUCACAUGUUUCAGCUACAAGGAGUCUAGUAGUAGGACCCCUAUCUAUAACUGCAUCUUUCCAGAGGAUUGGAUCGGACCUUUGCACCACCUUCGCCAAUUUAACGUUAGUAGGGUGAGCAACAUUGAGGCGCAACCUGGAGUGAUUACAAAGCCGACGUUGUUGGUGAUGGGUGACGGCGAUCCUUUACUGCCCCUCGAUACAGCUUACAAAUCCGCAGAGUACGUAGAGCGCAUCUCUAUCAAGUCUUUGCCUGGAACUGGGUAUUCCGCCCAUGUGAGCCACGCAGCUUCUCUCAACCAAAUGAUCGGGGGGUUCUUGCGGGAGAUGCCAUGGAGGCCAUUGUCGCUUCUCGAACCUUCGCAGCCUUCUCUAGUUGGGAGGGUUAUGGGAGCCAGCUUGGCUGUGAUGUCUAAUACCUACAGCAGGACGACCGAAGCCUUGGAGAUGACAAGUGUUCUUCAGGGGGGUCUGUAUGGAAUGGCUCAAGCUUCGCUGAAAGUGGCGGGAUCUAGUUUAGGCUUAGGUGACAUCCAUUGAUCUGUUUAUGCUUCAGAAUGAUGUUUAGAUAAUUAUUUGCAGAAAAUUACAUUUUAUAUGUGUCACUUUAAGGGAAAUUAAAUUCAUUUCCGUGCAAUGAUAUUCUAAGAAGCUCAGAUAAAUAAAUUGGCUUUGUUUUUCA